UGAUUAAGCUCGUAGAGCAGACCUUUAAAACGAAAGUGUGGCACUAUAGCCUGGUAUCAGUAGCACGUUUGAGCAUGUUUCUCGAUAGGUGGACAUGUCGGGAUUUGAACUGGAACCAUUGGACGGGAACUGUUCAAUCCCGCUACCAGUUGGAGAAACCUUAAUUGGAAGAGGACCUCUUCUCAGGGUCAGUGAUAAAAGAGUAUCGAGAAAUCAUGGACUGCUAGAAGUUGUGGAUGGCCAGCUCAGGAUCAAACCAACUCACUUAAAUCCCUGUUUCUAUCAGUCCUCCCUUGAUGACCUCCCCCACCCCCUGGAGAAAGAUAAAUGGCACCCUCUCUUCCCUGGAGACCUUUUUUCUCUUCUCCCAGGAAAAUACAUUUACAGGGUCGUCUCCACCAACUGUGACAGCACUCAGAGGAACAGCCAGGCCUUGGCUGAUGAUGAUGAUGAUGAUGAUGAUGUAUCCGUUACUGAAACAUCCCUUCUAUCACCAAGAGUGGGUGAAAAGCCAGGGGCUCAGGGUAGAAGGAAUGAUUUGAGGGACAAGACUCUGGGGCUAACCCAGGAAUAUCCAGAAACUUCAGGAAGCUCCAUAGAGAAGGAAUGCAAAGCCAAGACUGAUGUGCCUCCUUCGAAAAACAUUGGUGGUUCAGCGGAAGGUGGCAGGACUGAAGAGGGGAAAAGCAUGCAGAGGAAGAGAGUGCUGCCAGCGUGGAUGUUGCAGGGUGCUGCAGGAGCACAGCGCACCCUGAAGUCUACAGGAGGAGAAAAACAAGGUAGAAGCAAACUAAGCCCUGAACAGUCGAAAGGCACUGGAAGUCGGAGUCAACUGACAUCUUCUAAGGGCAUAGAAGAGACUGAUACAAGACCGGCAUCCCCUGGCAGGAAGCCAAAGAGGAAGAAGUGUGAGGAAGUACAGGGAGAGAAAUGCCAGGCUACCUCUUCUGCGGCGGAUAACGGCAGAAUCCGACGAGAGGAUGAGCACAUUGAAGAGUCGGACAAGGUCAGUGGGAGGCUCAGCGACGACGAGGAGCUGCGCCAUGUGCCAGCUGGCAAGUCCGAUCCUCAUUCCAAGUCUAGAGAAGUGGACCUGAGUGACAGCGAAGAGAAGGAAGGCCCAUCUCAGAGACCACUACAACGCAAAGGCCAGGGAACUCUUCCCAAAGCUACAGGCUCAUCUGGGAGUGCAAGCCCUAUGAUGGCCGGGACCAGCAGAAAACAGCCUAGAAACCCCUGUAUGUACGGAACAAAUUGUUACAGGAAAAAUCCAGUGCAUUUUCAGGAAUUCAGCCAUCCGGGAGAUAGCGAUUAUGAGGAAAAGUCGGCAGUGAGUGAUGAUGCGAGUGAUUGCCGGCCAGAAUGUCCAUAUGGAACAGAUUGUUACAGGAAAAACCCACAACACAGGAAAGAAUACAGACACACUAAGGCUUCAGAAACUGAAAACAGGAGACCAAAAAGGAAAUGCAUCCAAAAAGCAGGUAAGAAGAGUGCUUUGGCAGGAGAUGAUGAUGAUGGGGAGCCCAAUGACUAUGACCUGAAUGACAGCUUCAUCGACGAUGAGGAGCUGGAGGACUCUGACCACAGUGAUGAGGAUUCUGACUAUGUACCAGACUCUGAUGACAGUGUUGCAGAGGAUCUAAACACUUUAAGCAAAGAAGCUAAGGAGUUUAUGGGGAGAAAAAAAUGAAUCUGAAAAACUACUGCUUUUUAUGUUUUUGUAUGUUUAACUUUAAAAACCACUGGACAAAAUAUGAAUUGAUAUAUCUGUAUAUAUCUUUUGUAAUAAUAUGUUUUGUGGAUCUUAUAAUACUGCUCUACCUUUUUACAAUUUCAUGUACCAGAAAGCAGUUCUUUAAACUGUGCAGUUAUUAGCAGAAGGGCAGCUGUAUGCUUUGUUUUCUAAUCUAGUCAAUCAUAUACAAAUUUACAAUCUGGCUUAAAGUAAAAUGGUGACUUGUGGGUCCUUAAACCUGUUUUGUACAUAAUUAGGAUGUGAUAAUAGGGCAAAAUAUUUGUAGAUGGAAAUGGUAAAGAUUCAUUUUGCUCAAUUUUUUUUAAAUUUAAAAAUAAUUUUAAAGAUUGUUUUUACAUGAGAGUCAGCUGAAGAUAUUAAUAUUGCAAAACAAAAACAUCACCAGAACAGGAUUGACAUUUGUUAAAAACAGAUUCACCAAUUAUUUUUUUGCUAUGCGCCCACCCCUUUUGGAACCUCAGAUGGUUUCUUUACAUCUCCACACACAGCGACCACUCACUGCAGACCCAUCACCUCAUUGAUCUGUUGACACGCUACAGUAGUAUGUAGUGCUGAGUGCUGAUUGGAGGAGAGGU